AUGCGCAUCCGGCGCUACGCCGCGCGCCUGCUCGCCUCCUCGGCCGCCGCCGCGGCCCCGCAGCCGCCCGCGCCCUGGCUCCACGCCGCCGACGACGACUGCGCCUUCUGCGACCUCACCCGCGGCUCCGACCCGCAGGUUGCUCCCGACGGGGUUAAGCACAAGGGGCACAUUGCCGGCCUGCAGCAGCCGGAGGGCGAGCCGCUCGAGACCGACGAGGACCGCCGCGCCCGCCUGCCUCAGCGACCUCCUGUCCUCCAAGCUCAAGAAUGCGAGGUAGGCCAUGACCACUCUGCCAGCAAAGGUUCUGCGAGGAGGCCCGAAGGUAAGGAGCAGACUACCCUUGUCAGCAAAGCUGCUGCUGAGCCGGUAGUCAUGGAAGGAGCCCUUGUUGCCGAUGAAGCUGCAGCUGAGCAGGAGGUUGGAGUGGCAACCCCUCUUGUGGAUGGCUCUUACACCGAACCGGAGGUUACUGGGGGAGCUUCUCUUGUGAGUGGAUUGAUCACUGAGACACAAGUUAUAAAUGGAGUUUGUCUCGCCGAUGAAGCUGUUGCCGAGCGAGUUUCUCUUGUGAGUGGAUCGAUCGAUGAGCCAGAAGUUAUAAGUGGAGCUGCUCUCGCCAAUGUAGCUGUUGCUGAGACAGAAGUUUCAGCGGGACUCUGUUUUGUGAGUGAAGCUGCAAUUGAGGCAGCAGAUGUAGCCACCACAUCGGGAGUUACAACUGGGGCUCCCCUUGACAACAAAGGCGUUGCAGAUCCAGAUACUGAAAUGGGAGCUCCUACUAUCCAUGAAUCUGCUUCUAAAGCUGCAAGUGAGGCAGCAGAUGUAGCCAUCGUGUCGGAAGUUACAACUGGAGCUCCCCUUGACAACAAAGGUGUCACAGAGCCAGAUAUUAAAAUGGGUGCUUCUCCUGUCGAUGAAUCUGCUUCUGAAGCUGCAACUGAGGCAGCAUACGUAGUCACCUCACCAGAAGUUACAACUGGAGCUCCCCUCGACAACCAACGUGUUGCAGAGCCAGAUAUUAAAAUGGGAGCUUCUCCUGUCAAUGAAUGUGCUGCUAAAACUGCAACUGAGGCAGCAGAUGUAGUCACCAAUCUGAGAGUUACAACUGUAGCUUCCUUCGUCAACAGAGGUGUUGUAGAGCCAAAUAUUAAAAUGGAAGCUUCUCCUGCCAAAGAAUCUGCCGCUGAAAUGGAUUUUGUACACCCAGGUUUCCUUGUUACUGAAGCUGCAACUCAUCCAGGACUACCAGAAAGAGUUUCUCUUGCUAAUGAAGCUGUUGCUGAGCGAGAAGUUUCAGAGGCAGGUUCGCUUGUGAGUGAGCCUGCAGCUGAGGCAGCAGGUGUAGUCACUGUAUUGGAAGUUACAACUGGAACUCCCCUUGACAGUGAAGGCACUGCAGAACCUGAAACUAAAAUUGGACCUUCUUUUGCGAAUGAAUCUACUGCUGAAAUGGAUUCAGUACUGUUAGGCUCACUUGUUACUGAAGCUACAACUCAUCCUGGACUUAUAGGAAGAGUUUCUCUUGUCACUGAGACAGGAGUUACAGGAGCUGCUAACCUCGACACUGAAGUUUCCAUGGAACCGGAAGAUACAGGUCGACCUUCUCUUAUAAAUGAAUCUACCGAAUUGGAAAUUACAAGGGGGGUUUCUAUUGCUACCGAUGCUGCUACGGAACCAGAAGUUACUCGUCGAGCUUCUGCUCGUAGUGGAGACAGUGAUGCUGCUUUAAAUGAGCCAGACACUCUUGAUUGCGAUUUGGAUAGUGUCAGUGUGCAGAUUGAAAAUGCAGGAGAGUCUGUUGCCACCGAAGUGCAGCCUUCUAGAGACGAUGGAGGAGAUGUUGUUGGUUCUGUGAAUGCCAUGAGCACUUGUCCUGUUACUGACAAGGGUCCAGCUUUUGAUGAAGCAACACCACAGGAUGACGCACCCAGUGUUUCAUGCGUAUCAGGCUUAGUUGUUAGAAGUGUUGGUAAAUCAGGGAGAACUGAUGUCAUAUGUUAUGCUAGGCGCAGAGGUAAAAGAAAGCUGGAUAUGGAAGAAACAACGACAGACCAACUUGAAAUGGGUGAUGGUGACAUCUAUGGUCAGUGUGAAGAAAAGGCGACAUUUGACAUAACUGUUCCUUAUGAGAGUGCGAUGUCAACCGCUGGAUCUGCAGACAUUAAACUCGCCGACAUAAAGAGAGGUCUUGUGGACAAUUCAGCCUCAAGCAAGGGCAAAAAGAGGAAGGGACGAUUUGAAUGUGACAUUGACUACUGCCACAUGACAUUCAAGAAAAGAGACGAACUUUCUCUCCACAAGAAGAACAUGUGCACAAUCAAGUCAUGUGGCAAACAUUUCAGAUCCCACAAGUAUCUGAGACGCCACCAGAGCAUUCACAACGAGGAGAGACCGUACAAGUGCCCGUGGGAAGGUUGCGGUAUGGCUUUCAAGUGGACAUGGGCUCUGGCUGAUCAUUUCGAAGUUCAUACAGGGGAAAAGCCCUAUAAAUGCAGGACGCCUGGGUGUAGCAAGAUAUAUAAGUAUGUUUCGGACUUUACCCGGCAUAGGAGGAGGUGCAAACCGCAGAGAAGGAAAACUACGUAAAUCAUGAAGCACUGGAUGGUAUCAACCAAACUGGGUGCUGUUAAUAAGCUGCAACUGAUGAUAUGGAACGAGCGCCUGUUUUCUUGUUUAUCUAGUACUUAACCAUACAAAGAACUGCUUUGUAGAUAGCGGCAUCGAAUGAAAACAAGCGAAGUAGCAUUACUGGGAAAAUGGAUAGACAGGGGUCUCUAACAGAUGUUACCAUAUAUAUAUAUGUAUUAUUGCAUCUCAAGAUAGGCGAGUAUCUCUGACAGAUGUUAGCAUAUAUUCUUGCAUCUCUAGAUGAUAUUGGAUAGCUUGCGUGUGCAUAUAUCUCAAGGAUGAUUGAUUUAUGUUAUAUGUCUGCAGUCAUGCUAGCAUUAGCAUCAGUUCAUGUUAUGUGACUGUUCUUUUUGGUUGACCCGUGGUCUCUGUGUAAUGUAAUAAUAACCCAGAGCUAAUUAGGGCACCCUUUCAUGUUUCAUUAUCUAUUCACUAUCCACAGUAAUUCAGAGCUGUACAUUGUGACAGAGCGGUGAGAACUAACUUGUCAUUUACUCCUUUUUGUAUGUUGGAUUGAACACUUGACCUCAAAAUAAUAUCACUUCGAUUAACUUGUCAUGUGAUAAUGUUUUUGUACUGAUUGCAAAAGAAAAAAACAAAUGCCCAUUUGAGCUUCUGGGUCCUGGAGUAGAGUUACUAACAUCUUGUACUGAUUGCAAUAGAAAAAACAAAUGCCCAUAUUUGUAUUGAUUGCAGCAGAAACAACAAAUUGCAGUGAUGAUAUUAACCACUUUUCCUGCUCAGUUUGAUAUUUGGUUUCUCAUACAGGGAGUUGUUAAUAAGCUGCAAUUGAUGAGAUGGAACCAUCUUGCUUAUUUUCUUGUUUGUUUAGCACUUAACCACAGAAAGAAACUGUUUUGUGAAUAUCGGCAUCGAAUAGAAAUGAGCAAAGUAGCAUCACUGGGGAAAUGGAUAGGCAGGUGUCUAUGUCGGGUGUUUGCAUUUAUUCUUUUCAUCUCAAGACGGUCUGGUACACAAUUUUUCUCUCUCUCUCUCUCUUUGCGGUACAAUGAUCUUAAUAGAUGAGUAACCGGUAUGAGAAACAAUAUGGUUGUGAUUUUGAUUAUCAUGCUGAUCGUCAGGUACCAAUGUUAUGUAUCUUUUGGACUUCAAAGUUUUUUUUCUUGGGUGGAAGUGAAAGACUUGCGUCUCAUAAAGCUGUAUGUUUGUUACCCUGUCAGUAUUACAUGCAUGUAUACUCAAGCUGCCCUGUGAUCAGCAGUUGGGCUGAUGAGUCAAAUGUGUCUAAAUAAACAUUUUGACACAUGUCACAGUAGAGAGAUAGAGCAGUGAGAGCUGUAGAUAGAGAUAGGAAGGAGAAACAGAGACGGGGAAGACGAAAAUAGAGCAAAGAGAUGUUUAUUUAGACAUAUUUGAUACAACACACUCAGAGGUCACACAAUCGAUUCGAUAAAA